AUGAGUGCCAAUUAUUUUUCUAGGAAAUUAGGCUUGCUUUAAAUCUGGUUGCGUCAAUGAUGUUACUGUUUAAUAAAGUACAUUUGCAUAUACAUAGCAUUUUUGCUAUUGUUUUGUUUGUGGAUCCUUUUGGCACGCACAAAAAGCUUAUAUCUCUCACAUUUUGUGCACACAUUUGUUUACAUCCCUCUUAGUGAGCAUUUCUGCUUUGCCAAGAUAAUCCAUCCACCUGACAGGUGUGGCAUAUCAAGAAGCUGAUUAAACAGCAUGAUCAUUACAUAGGUGCACCUUGUGCUGGGGACAAUAAGAGGCCACUAUAAAAUGUGCAGUUUUGUCACACAACACAAUGCCACAGAAUUCUUAAGUUUUGAGGGUGUGUGGCAUUGGCAUGCUGACUGCAGGAAUGUCCACCAGAGCUGUUGACAGAGACUUUAAUGUUAAGUUCUCUACCAUAAGCCACCUCCAAUGUCAUUUUAGAGAAUUUUGCAGUACAUCCAACCGGCCUCACAAUCGCAGACAAUGUGUAACCACGCCAGCCCAGUACCUCCACAUCCGGAUUCUUCACCUGCGGGAACGUCUGAGACCAGCCACCCGGACAGCUGAAGAAACUGACGAGUAUUUCUGUCUGUAAUAAAGCCCUUUUGUGGGGGAAAACCCAUUCUGAUUGAGUCUUUGCCUUCCCAGGCCCACCCACUUGGGAGCCAUGCCCACCCACUGGGUAGCCAGGCCCACCCACUGGGGAGCCAUGCUCAGCCAAUCAGAAUUAUUGGCUGUGCCCUUGCUCAGUCAUGUCAAAUCCAUAGAUUAGGGCCUAAUUAAUUUAUUUCACUUGACUGAUUUCCUUAUAUGAACUUUAACUCGGUAAAAUCGUUGAAAUUGUUGGAUGUUGCGUUUAUAUUUUUGUUCAGUAUAAUUGAAAGAGACUCAUUGGGCUUAGGAAAUGUCAACUUUUUGAAGCUCUACAUUUGUUUGCUCUCAAUUUCAUAAUAGAUGUGGCUUGGCCUAAUUCCUAGCAUGCAUGGAAUUCAUGGACAGUUAAACUGAAGCAUGUUCAUGGACCACACCUCAGAGAAGGCCUUUUUAAAUGCUCACAUGAGUAGAUAUGCUUGAAGAUAGGCCUACAGUACACUCUUAGAAAAAGGGCUUAAAGGGUUCUUCGGCUGUCCUCAUAGGAGAACCCUUUGAAGAAUCAUUGUUGGGUUCCAUGUAGAACCCUUUCCAUGGAGGGUUCUACAUGGAACCCAAAAUGGUUCUACCUAGAACCAAAAUGGGGUUUUACGUGGAACCUAUGAGGACAGCCGAAGAACCCUUUUGGAACCCUUUUUUCAAAGAUUUAGACAGGCUGACUCAGAAUAAUAAACAGAUUUUCUGGUAUGCACUGGCUGGCCACAAAAGUCUUUAUGCAGACCAUGAGAAAUUACCAUAAUAGUUGUCUGUAGAUGUAUAGUACUCACAUUUGAGUUACCCCUAAAUAGCACAAAGAACCUUCCAGAGACAAACAAAAAAAGCACACACCUUCCCUCAAGUCAUUGAGCCUAUAUUGUUCCAAAGAAUAGACCUAGUGUGAUAUUACAGUUAAGUACACUGAACAAAAAUAUAAACUCAACAUGCAAUAAUUUCAAAGAUUUUACAGAGUUAAAGUUCAUAUAAGGAAAUCAGUCAAUAAAUUCAUUAGGUCCUAAUCUAUGGAUUUCACAUGACUGGGCAAGUGCGCAGCCACGGGUGGACCUUGGAGGGCAUAGGUCCACCCACUUGGGAGCUAGGCCCAGCCAAUCAGAAUGAGUUUUUUCCCCACAAAAGGGCUUUAUUACAGACAGAAAUACUCCUCAUCCCUGGUCAUCCCUACUGCCUCUGAUCUGGCGGACUCACUAAACACAGAUGCUUUGUUUGUAAAUUAUGUCUGAGUGUUGGAGUGUGCCGCUGGCUAUCCGUAUACUUAAAAGACAAGAAAAUGGUACCAUCUAGUUUUCUUAAUAUAAGGAAUUUGAAAUUAUUAAUACUUUUAAGUAUAUUUUAACAAUUACAUUUACUUUUGAUACUUAAGUAUAUUUAAAACCCAAUACUUUUAGACAUUUACUCAAGUAGUAUUUCACUGGGUGACUUUCACUUUAGUAAUUUUCUAUUAAGGUGUCUUUACUUUUACUCAAGUAUGACAAUUGAGGACUUUUUCCACCACUGUAAAUAAGCAAUUGACUUGCAGACUAUGAGAAUGUGACUAUGACCUUGAAGGUCAUGCUUGAGACUUCGCUUGGGAUUUGCAUUAUUGAUAUCACAAGACUACAGCAUAUUGUUGGAAACAAAGAAGCUUUGCAACUCAUUCAAGGCAACAGUGUAACUUCAGGUGAUGGAAAGUCAUAAUGACUUUACAGAAAACGACAAAUGUGGGCGUGUAUUUAGGAGCUUAGAAGAAAAGGAGAAGCCCCGUUCCAUUUUCAAUCACAGGUUUAAUUCAGUCGUUACUGUCAGGGCCACCACGACUCUUGCAGCACAAAAGUAAGUAAUGGCUUUUAAACAUUAUAAAGCGAUGUGCAAUAGCUAAUCUAAAUUAGGAUUUACACCUCAUACUAGCGCACAGUCAGCUGUCUGUCCUUUAGUCGGUCGUGCACUCGCUAUGCAUUUUAAGUAAGCUAACUUGAACUAGCCUAGCUAUCUAGGCCUAAUCGUUUUUGCAACUUGAUCUUCCACGUUAAACGAAAAAUACGACCGAGAAACACUCUACUUAGCUGGAAGGUAUGCUAUUUUCUUGGCGUAAACCGAGGGUUCUUAUGUAACAGCACAACCGAUAGCCCUUCCACUCAGUUAUGCAUGGUUGACGUUUUAAUUCAUUUCAUUCUAGCUAGCUAAAGUUGCAAUGUUUUCAUGUGUAUAUUAAAACUUCGUAUUCGAGGAUGUCUAUUGUUGAGUCGGUUGAGAUAUAUGUUGUCAGACAGUGGCCAACGAUUUUUAUGCUCCUUACAUAACAGUGGUGUGGGUGAACUUCAGCCUGUUGGCUAACUAGACCUGAAAUGACCCGGAGACUCGAUAUGCUAAAAAGCUACAGACACCACACUGGCCACAAUGACAGAUUUGUUUGGCAACAAAAUUAUGUAAAGCAAGAUUGAAGUUAAUGUUGCAUGGCAUUUUCACAUGCAAAUAGCACUUAAUACUAUACCAUACUAAAUCCGUAGUAUUUGAUAAUACAUUCUCUAAUAAUAAUAAUAUGCCAUUUAGCAGACGCUUUUAUCCAAAGCGACUUACAGUCAUGCGUGCAUACAUUUUUGUGUAUGGGUGGUCCCGGGGAUCGAACCCACUACCUUGGCGUUACAAGCGCAUUGCUCUACCAUCUGAGCUACAGAGUAUAGUUUUGGUUUAAAAAAGUCUAGCAGUUGUACUUUCUUCAAUCAGCUAUGUCAUUAAUUGAAAUGGCAACGGGGCACAAAACAGACCUGUCUGAAUCCAUGUAAUAAGUCUGACUAAUACAAAAAAUGUUUUAAUCAAUGUAGUUUCUUUGAAUAACUUGACUUUUAUCUCCUCUCCCCAGUGGGUCCCUACACAAUUACUUACUUUGGAGUCCGAGGUAUGUGGAGUCAGUUAAUCCUAUUCAACAUCACAUGAUAGAGCCUGGCUAUUGUUUUUAAGUAAUAAUAGCCUACUAUUGGAGAGUGUAUUCCCUGUUAUAAGCUUUUCAUAUUGAUAAUUUAUUACUAAAUCUUUCCUUCAAUUUGACAGCCAUAAAUGUAUUGUGAUGGAGUACGAUUGUUUGAAGUGAAAGACAAAAACCUUGCACAUGCUACUGCGCAUAUUCAUGAACUUUAAUUUAAGUGUCAUAUCCUAAGACCUUAUGUCAUUCAUUACCCAAUAGCCCAGGGUUUCCCAAACUGUGUGAGUUUUAGUUUUUUGCCCUAGCACUACACAGCUGAUUCAGAUAAUCAACGAAUCAUCAAGCUUUGAUAAUUUGAAUCUGCUGUGUAGUGUUAGGGCAAAAACCAAAAUGUUUACCCCUAGGGGUCCCGAGGACCGAGUUUGGAAAAUGCUGCAAUGGCCUACUGCAGCAGCUUGAAUCAAUACUCAAUAUUGUGUUUCUAUUGGUUUUAAACUGUAGGUGAAGUCAUUCCAGGUAAUCUCAACACCAUGUGUGAUCUUUCACACAGAUGAUAUGACCUGGAUUUCACCCACAGUGGCAGUUUAGCCUCACCCAUCCCUUUUGAUUGUUAUCACAGAAAAUACUUGGGAGUAUUAGUUUGGCUCAGCUGGCCACCAUGAUCACUGUUCAUAUACUGAAACAUUUGUUUCCAAAGUACUGGUGCUCCUUCUGUCUGUUUACAUUAUUCAUGGCGCUUUAGCAAUGAGAAGGGCUGGCUUUCUGUCAGGAGCAUGUGACCCAGAUUAAUGUGGAGUGCACUGGUGAGCAAUUGGGUCAUGGGACUAAGGUUUCAUUGAACCCAAAAAAGGUUUUGGACUUGAAUAAUGAAGAAAGGUCGUAUAAAUAAUCCCAGAGAGAAGGUAUAGUUUUAUUUCUGGAUAGAACCUGCCUUUUUAUAGCCCUACUAUUGCUGUACAUCAAUAAGGAAGCAAACUUUGAACCUGUUAAUCAAAGGGAAAUAGAAUAACAAACUUUGUUUUACUUCACCUUACAACAUUUAUUGUACCCUUUUUCAAUAUAAUUUUAACUAGUCUGUAUUUGCCCAACACUAGUGCUAUGUAUGACUUGUUAGAUCUGUGUCAAAUUGUCUGUUAUGAUUUGAGAUCUGUUUUGGUUCACCUGUGCUAACAGAGACCCUUGUUUACCACAGGGCGCUGUGGCGCUAUGAGAAUCAUGAUGGCCGACCAGGGCCAGGAGUGGAAGGAGAUCGUGGUGGACUUUGCAGACUGGAUGAAGGGAGAUCUGAAAGCCACUUGUGUGAGUGGGGAAUGGAUAAUUGCUUUGUUAUCAUUUACGUCAUUUAGCAGACUCUCUUAUCCAGAGCGACUUACAAAUUGGUGCAUUCACCUUAUACCCAGUGGGAUAACCACUUUACAAUAUGUUUUUUUUCUUUCUUUGGGGUGGGGUAAGGGGGGGUAGAAGGAUUACUUUAUCCUAUCCCAGGUAUUUCUUAAAGAGGUGGGGUUUCAAGUGUCUCCGGAAGGUGGUGAGUUACUCCGCUGUCCUGGCGUCGUGAGGGAGCUUGUUCUACCAUUGGGGUGCCAGAGCAGCGAACAGUUUUGACUGGGCUGAGCGGGAACUGUGCUUCCGCAGAGGUAGGGGGGGCCAGCAGGCCAGAGGUGGAUGAACGCAAUGCCCUCGUUUGGGUGUAGGGACUGAUCAGAGCCUGAAGGUACAGAGGUGCCGUUCCCCUCACAGCUCCGUAGGCAAGCACCAUGGUCUUGUAGCAGAUGCGAGCUUCAACUGGAAGCCAGUGGAGUGUGCGGAGGAGUGGGGUGACGUGAGAGAACUUGGGAAGGUUGAACACCAGACGGGCUGCGGCAUUCUGGAUGAGUUGUAGGGGUUUAAUGGCACAGGCAGGGAGCCCAGCCAACAGCGAGUUGCAGUAAUCCAGACGGGAGAUGACAAGUGCCUGGAUUAGGACCUGUGCCGCUUCCUGUGUAAGGCAGGGUCAUACUCUCAAUGUUGUAGAGCAUGAACCUACAGGAUCGGGUCACCGCCUUGAUGUUAGCGGAGAACGACAGGGUGUUGUCCAGGGUCACGCCAAGGCUCUUCGCACUCUGGGAGGAGGACACAACGGAGUUGUCAACCGUGAUGGCGAGAUCAUGGAACGGGCAGUCCUUCCCCGGGAGGAAGAGCAGCUCUGUCUUGCCAAGGUUCAGCUUGAGGUGGUGAUCUGUCAUCCACACUGAUAUGUCUGCCAGACAUGCAGAGAUGCGAUUCGCCACCUGGUUAUCAGAAGGGGGAAAGGAGAAGAUUAGUUGUGUGUCGUCUGCGUAGCAAUGAUAGGAGAGGCCAUGUGAGGAUAUGACAGAGCCAAGUGACUUGGUGUAUAGCGAGAAUAGGAGAGGGCCUAGAACUGAGCCCUGGGGGACACCAGUGGUGAGAGCACAUGGUGCGGAGACAGAUUCUCGCCACGCCACUUGGUAGGAGCGACCGGUCAGGUAGGACGCAAUCCAAGAGUGAGCCGUGCCGGAGAUGCCCAACUCGGAGAGGGUGGAGAGGAGGAUCUGAUGGUUCACAGUGUCAAAGGCAGCAGACAGGUCUAGAAGGACAAGAGCAGAGGAGAGAGAGUUAGCUUUAGCAGUGCGGAGAGCCUCCGUGACACAGAGAAGAGCAGUCUCAGUUGAAUGACCAGUCUUGAAACCUGACUGGUUUGGAUCAAGAAGGUCAUUCUGAGAGAGAUAGCAAGAGAGUUGGCUAAAGAGUUUUGGAGAGAAAAGAAAGAAGGGAUACUGGUCUGUAGUUGUUGACAUCGGAGGGAUCGAGUGUUGGUUUUUUGAGAAGGGGUGCAACUCUCGCUCUCUUGAAGACGGAAGGGACAUAGCCAGCGGUCAAGGAUGAGUUGAUGAGCGGGGUGAGGUAAGGGAGAAGGUCACCGGAUAUGGUCUGGAGAAGAGAGGAGGGGAUAGGGUCAAGCGGGCAGGUUGUUGGGCGGCCGGCCGUCACAAGUCGCAAGAUUUCAUGUGGAGAGAGAGGGGAGAAAGAAGUCAAAGCAUAGGGUAGGGCAGUGUGAGCAGGACCAGCAGUGUCAUUUGACUUAACAAACGAGGAUCGGAUGUCGUCAACCUUCUUUUCAAAAUGGUUGACGAAGUCAUCCACAGAGAGGGAGGGGAGGGGAGGAGGAUUCAGCAGGGAGGAGAAGGUGGCAAAGAGCUUCCUAGGGUUAGAGGCAGAUGCUUGGAAUUAAGUGGUAGAAAGUGGCUUUAGCAGCAGAAACAGAUGAAGAAAAUGUAGAGAGGAGGGAGUGAAAAGAUGCCAGGUCCGCAGGGAGUCUAGUUUUCCUCCAUUUCCGCUCGGCUGCCCGGAGCCCUGUUCUGUGAGCUCGCAAUGAGUCUUCAAAGCCACGGAGCAGGAGGGGAGGACCAAGCCGGCCGGGAGGAUAGGGGACAUAGAGAGUCAAAGGAUGCAGAAAGGGAGGAGAGGAGGGUUGUUGAGGCAGAAUCAGGAGAUUGGAGGGAGAAGGAUUGAGCAGAGGGAAGAGGUGAUAGGAUGGAAGAGGAGAGAGCGACGGUUGCGACGGCGCAUUACCAUCUGAGUAGGGGCAGAGUGAGUAGUGUUGGAGGAGAGCGAGAGAGAAAAGGAUACAAAGUAGUGGUCGGAGACAUGGAGGGGAGUUGCAGUGAGAUUAGUAGAAGAACAGCAUCUAGUAAAGAUGAGUUCAAGCGUAUUGCCUGCCUUGUGAGUAGGGGGGGAUGGUGAGAGGGUGAGGUCAAAAGAGGAGAGGAGUGGAAAGAAGGAGGCAGAGAGUAAUGAGUCAAAGGUAGACGUAGGGAGGUUGAAGUCAGCCAGAACUGUGAGGGGUGAGCCAUCAGGAAAGGAACUUAUCAAGCUCAUUGAUGAAUUCCAAGGGAACCUGUAAGGCGAUAAAUUACAAGGAUGUUAAGCUUAAAUGGGCUAGUGACUGUGACAGCAUCGAAUUCAAAUGAGGAGAUAGACAGAUGGGUCAGGGGAAAAAGAGAGAAUGUCCACUUGGGAGAGAUGAGGAUUCCUGUGCCACCACCCCGCUGACCAGAUGCUCUCGGGGUAUGCGAGAACACAUGGUCAGACGAGGAGAGAGCAGUAGGAGUAGCAGUGUUUUCAGUGGUAAUCCAUGUUUCCGUCAGCGCCAAGAAGUCGAGGGACUGGAGGGUAGCAUAGGCUGAGAUGAACUCUGCCUUGUUGGCCGCAGAACGGCAGUUCCAGAAGCUGCCGGAGACCUGGAACUCCACGUGGGUCGUGCGUGCAGGGACCACCAGGUUAGAGAGGCAGCAGCCACGCGGUGUGAGGCGUUUGUAUAGCCUGUGCGGAGAGGAGAGAACAGGGAUAGACAGAGGCAUAGUUGACAGGCUACAGAAAAUGGCUACAAUAAUGCAAAGGAGAUCGGAAUGAAAUGAACUAAACAUCUGGGAAAGCGAGAGAGCGGGGCCUUCCUCACUUACGUUUCACUGAAACACCCAAAUAUAACUCUCCCAACUUCCACCUCAGAAACUAUAAUUGUUGUAAACUACAGCAGUUCAAUGUUUUCUAGGAAUAGACUAACUUAGUUUAUUCAGCUAGCUAACUUGGUACAGUAUUCUUCCGUGAAAACCGUCCAGUGCACCUAGUCAUAUGACGCCACAGCCAACUAGCAUGCCGGCUCCAACAACACGGUUGUUGUCAACCUGUUCAGUUUAGCCAGUGAUAAUGGUCUAGUGAUAACAGCUGGGAUGUGCUUUUGAAGGAGGAUCGAUUUGUUUAUUGUACACUGUUUGUUUUUUUUUCUACAAUCUCCGUCUGUGCUUUCUGUUAUUCAUAUUUAAGGAAAGAGAUUUACCUCAUGAGUUUUGUGUUGCAGUAUCUACCUGUAUUAUCUUCUGUUAUCAUCAAUGUAGGGUUGAUUCAGCUACAACAAAUAUGUAAACCCCAUGUCCCUAUUAGUUGUUAAACUCUAUAAUAAAUGACACAAUUCCAUUUUUUGGUUUUAGGUAUUUGGUCAGUUGCCCAAGUUCGAAGAUGGAGGAUUUGCCCUGUACCAGUCAAAUGCCAUUCUGAGGCACUUGGGCCGCAAUCAUGGUAAUUUAUCUCAAUCGUUAUGUCAUAUAUUUACAUUGUUUUCCUCACUCUAUUUAUCCUUUUUAAAUAGAUCAAAUAUAACCAUGAAAUGUUAAUUAUACUUUCACCUAACUCGAACACACACAGAUGCCUAUGGGAAAGAUGGCAAGGAGGCUGCCCUCAUUGACAUGAUGUGUGAUGGCGUUGAGGACCUUCGUCUUAAAUACGUAAAAAUGAUUUACCAGGAAUACGUAAGUAUUCAUCAAAGCUGAAAUUCGGACUAAGGGUACAGUUCAUUAAAAAAAUUUACCUGUACUGUGCAGUAAAAAAACAUUUGGUUCAAAGUUUUAUUUUUUUAUGAAGCUUAAUGGGUAAACAUUUAUGAAGUGUCAUUAUGAUUAAUCACAUUCUCCUUUUCAUAGGAUACUGGUAAAGACCCAUAUGUCAAAGACCUUCCUAACCACCUCGACAAGUUUGAAGCUGUGAUGGCCAAAAACAAGACUGGUUAUCUUGUUGGCGACAAGGUAACCGAUCCUGCAAUGCACCCAAAAAGAGGGCUCUUAAAUUAUGGAGUUCUAAUUUAGUACAUACUGCAAUCAGUAGUGUGGCCCAAAAAAGCCUAAUUUACCAAAUGGAUUUACUAAAUGGUUUGGUUCUCUUGUAAUCACAGUACCGUCUGUUACCUAUCACAAAACUAGAAUGAGUAGAACAGGUAUCCCCAUUGAAGUUAAUAAUGCCAUAAUGAGAGAUUAUAUUUCUGCUCCAUAUCCUACAUAGCCUUCGUUUGCCGACUACAAUCUUUUUGAAGUGCUGCUCAACCACCUGGUGCUCUGCUCCAGUUGCCUGGAUACCUUCCCCUCCCUGAAGAGUUUUGUCGAGAAGAUGUCUGCCCGUCCCAAAAUCAAGGCCUUCCUAGACUCUGACGCCUACAAGAAACUGCCCAUUAACGGCAAUGGCAAACAGUGACUUCUGCUGAACAAAGGAGGUUGAAUUCCAUCUGGUUACUUAUACCUGAAUGGUCAUGGAUAAUAGCAAUUGUUUUUAUACUUCCAACUUACACAUCAGCCUACGAUAAGCUUGUGGUUAACUUUAUGUACAAUUAUGUUAGAUUCUAAUGACUUUUGUAUGACAUGAUGAAUUGUCAUGUGUUCAAAAAAUAAAGGGCUUUUUGAAAAGUA